AUGGGUUGGAGGGCCCCGGUGGGCGACCGCGGUCGCGCGUGUCCUGCCCACGGUGGCGUUUGCGCACAGCCCCCGGGGCACCUUGCAAUACGGAAGUGUGACGGAGAGGCCUUGAGCCAGGACCCAGGGGUCAGAGGCACAGGAGCUCGAGGAAGAGACCAGUGGGAGAAAACCUCUGGCUUCACAGAUGUCAGCCCAGCCACUGAUACCGCAGAGGCACCCAACUUGCUCGUGUCCUCACCUGCGCCUACCAAUGGUUCACACCAGGAGACCUUGGCACCAGUGGUCCCCGGAAGCACCAGCCCCUACCCUGUCUCUGGGGACAGCACGGGGGCGACAACAGCCGUCUCAGAGACUACGGUCAACUUCACAUCUACCUCUGGAACCACGCUGGUCCCUGAAUCUGCAAACUCUUCCGUCCAGUCGCAGACCUCUCCGGACACCUGGGCGUCGUCCACUACCACAGUACUGGCCACCACAGGAAACACUUGGACUUCCAGUGUGACCUCAGGGCCCAGCAGUGCAGCCCCUGGCAUCGUCUCGGGUUACUCGCCCACCAGCACCAGCCCUGAGGUGACCUGGCCCACCGGACUCUCCACGUCCUCGUCUCCUCCUGCCCCGGGCACCAUCCAGGGAGAAAUCAAAUGUGCAGGAAUUAAAGAAGUGAAAUUGACUCACAGCAUCUGCCUGGAGCUCAACAAGACGGCCAGCUGUGAGGACUUUAAGAAAGACAGAGGCGAGGACCUGGUCCAAAUGCUGUGUGGGGAGGAGGCUGGUACCCAGGCUGGGGCUGGUGCAUGCUCCUUGCUCCUAGCCCAGUCUGAGGUGAAGCCACAGUGUCUGCUGCUGGUCUUGGCCAACAGCACAGAACUUUCCAGAAAACUCGAUCUUUUUAAAAAGCACCAGUUUGAUCUGGAAAAGCUGGGGAUCCAAAGUUACAUGGAACAAGAUGUUGGGAGCCACCAGAACUAUUCCCGAAAAACCCUGAUUGCACUGGUCACUUCAGGAAUCCUGCUGGCCAUCUUGGGCACCACUGGCUAUUUCCUGAUGAACCGCCGCAGUUGGAGCCCCGCAGGAGAAAGGCUGGGUGAAGACCCUUAUUACACGGAGAACAGUGGAGGCCAGGGCUAUAGCUCAGGACCUGGGGCCUCCUCUGAGGCUCAGGGCAAGGCCAGUGUGAACCGAGGGGCUCAGGAGAACGGGACCGGCCAGGCCACCUCCAGAAAUGGCCAUUCAGCGAGACAACACGUGGCUGAUACCGAAUUGUGACUUGGCUGGGUGGGGCAAGAUGGGCGGUGUCCAAGAAAGCGGCCCCCUGCCUCUGACUUCGAGCUGCCUCCACGGUAGAGUGACUGCCCCCACGUCCGACCUUUUCCCACUGCGCACACCCCAGAUGGCCACCCCGGGGGCCUCCCGCCUUGCAGCGAGGCAGGUCUACUCCAGCCCUCCACCUUCAGCUCCAAGCCCAGGCUCUGGUCUGCUGUAGGUUCAGGUGUGGUGGGCAAAGGCCAUGGCCACAGGAGCUUCCAUGGAUGCAUGGGCCCAGCGGCCUCCGUGUGGGGCACCCUGGCCUCCUUCCCUCCUCGUUGCUGCAAGAACCCGAGGGGAAAGGUGGUCUUCCUGUGCUACGGCAUCCUCCCAGGAGGCUCUCGCUUUUACCGUCCCUGCUUCUAUUUUCUUUCUCUACUUUAGGGAAACUGAAGUAAUGCCUUGAGCCUGCUCCCCUUGAACAACAUAGCCAGAAACCUGUUUCUUAAACCACUUCCCCGUCCCUCCAGCACACUGCAGAGCUGCUCACCAGCUCCCCACAUGCUGUCCACAUCCCACCGAGCCCUGGGCAGCCCCAUCCCCAUCCUGGGGAGCCUGGCGCGGUGUCUGCAGGUCAAAGCAGACUGCUCAGUCCUGGCCUCGGGUCCUCGUGGACCAGCUCAUAGGACAAGACCUUGAGCCGAGCCUCCCGGCCCUGCUCUUGAGGCAUCCUCUUGCACAAAGGCUGGGGUCCGGCUGCUCCUCGCACCCUUGCGGCCCGCCCUUUCCUCCCUGUGGAGCUGUGGCCUCACAGUAGCCUCUGUCUGCUUUCCCAACUAUGAACCCCUUCACUGCACUGCGCCCCGUGUGGUCGGAGCCCCAGGACGUCUCCCAGGGACCACAAGCUGCCCCUCUGAAAGUGACCCACACCUUGGUUUCCCAGGGGGGUGAGUGGGGGUCCUGGUUUCAAUGACGGUCGGAAAUUGAAAUUUCCAGAAAUUGAGGUUUUUUUUUUUCCUAAAUAAAAAUGGUGUGUGUAAAUAUUGU